GUACUGCAUCUGCAAGAGAGACAAAGAACGAGGCGGAGAGAACUGGCAAGCGUGGGUAUUCUCUCCACAUGCCAUGCCAUGCCAUGCCAUGACAUGACAUGACAUGACAUGACAUGACACGACAUGACAUUGACAUGACAUGACAUGACAUGACAUGACAUGACAUUGACAUGACAUGAAAUGACAUGGAAGUGCAUCGUCGUUGGCGGCAUGCGAGAGAGAGUAAGCGAUGCACAGAAGCUAGCCUAAGUGUGUGACAGAUUCACAGAAGCUAGCUAGCCUAAGUGUGUGACAGAUUGACAGACUGGAGGCCGAAGGAAGACAAAGCAUCCCCUUCAUGGAUGAACCGAACCGGAAAGAUAGCUUGUAUGCGUUCAUUAUGAAGGUAGUAGUCUAGUAAUCCAUAUGGCUUCUGGCCUGUGGGGGGAUGGGGGAACUUAAGAUGGCUUAGGGGCAGAUCCCACUAGCACCUAUUGUUCAUUUCUGAACGUUGAUCUUCGUAAUCGAGGGUGGAAAAUGAAUAAGCCAGGGUAGUGGGAUCUGACGCUUAAUGUGAAUGCGGCAAGAAGAAGAAGGUGGUGGUCCCCACCAUCCCCCUGAUGAGGGACCUAGUCUUUCUGUGGAUGGAAGCCGAAACCCGUCGGACUCUGGGAAAUGUCGUCGAAUGCUUUGUUUCACUAGAAUUACUAGUAUCACCCCCUCUAGAAGACAGAUAAGGCUUUUCAAAAAAAAAAAAAAAAAAAAAAAAAAAAAAAAAAAAAAGAAGAGUCACUUGACCAUUGAAUUUCGUAAUGAUGAGAGAGAAGUGGAAGCUAGGGGUCCUUCUACCAUGAUUCCAGAACUUCUGCUCACUACUACUGAGAAGGGCUUAGGUGAUCAUUUCUGAGUUAAAUUAAAUGUUGUGUGCUUCCGCUUACUCUCCCUCCCUUGGUAGUCAGGAGAGAGACUUUUAGUGGGGGUGUCAUCAUCUGUUUGUGGGGAAGGGGCAAAAAACCGAAUAAUAAUAUAAUACCGUAAUACAGGGGGUGGGUGGUGUAGAAGAAGUCGAAGACUCUGAGUGAGAGGGAAUUUGAACAGAAGGGGGGAUUCAAAGUAGACCACAUACGUAGUACUACGGUAGUACUAUGUAUACCUUAUUGAGGACUGUUCGGUCGAUUUGCCGACUAGGGAUCCUGGGUUGCGUGUGGUGUGCCGUUUUUCUCGUGCUUCUACGAUUGGGAUAUCCUCUACGAUUGAGAUCCACGGAGUCUGCGACAGCUUUGCCGUUUUCUGGCGCGUUCCCCAUGAGCGGCGCUUCUUUGUCAGAGGCUUUCGGACUCAGACCGGAGGUUCAGCCCUCCCUCUGGUCGGGACAGAGGCUUGCUCACCGGCCUGUGGGUUACGUCGAGCGAGUUCUUCGUGGCGCCACCCGCCCGCUAUGGCCCCACCAGACCCCACAAGUGCUGCUGGUAUCUGCAAGUCAGCCCCGCUGCAGCACUCCUCGCGGCGAUAACCACAUUGUCAAGUCCCUUAAGAACAAGGCCGAUUACGCAAGGAAGCAUGGCUUCGCCACGUGGUUCUCGAUGGAGGGGUUUGUAGACCCCCCUUAUCACCCCCCUUACCAUCAUCGUCUUCGAAAUAAGGUCAUGUUGUUACGUCACCUGUUGCGCACGCACAGCAAGCAUUACGAUUGGCUGUUCUGGAUCGAUUCUGACGCCAUAAUCACCGACAUGAGCUUCAGGGUACCCUGGGACGACUACGUCUUGCACGGGUACAGUGUGGUUCUUUGGGGCAGUCCUUCCGGCCUCGACUCCGCUCCCAGCUACCAGCCAUCCUUGAGCACAGGGGUCCUCUUGCUAAGGAACGACCAGUACUCGAGGGAGUUUUUGGAGGCAAUUGUACAGCUUUGGGGGGAGGGGGAGGGGGAGAAGUACCGUGAUGAUGGUGGUGGCAAUCGCACGGCCGGCGAUUCCAUCGAAGAGGAAGUCACUGUCACUGACAGGCGGAUGGUGGCCGGCAUGCCGUCGUCGUACCUUCUUUCGGAUCAGUCCAGCGCAAUCUACCUGCUGGCCACUCAGAGAGAGCGAUGGCUGCCACGUGUCUUCCUCGAAGCCAGGUAUCAUAUCAAUCGGUACUGGCGGGAAGUGAGUCAUGAUCUGGAGAGGUACUACCAAAAGGGUGCAUGGGUGGGAGAUGGCUUAGACCCCCCUUUCAUCGUGCAUUUCUGCGGAUGUGCGCUGUGCUGGCGGCGGGAUUCCGCGCAGCUCGAUGAGUGCCAGGCUCAGCACGAGCGCACGUUCCACUUCGCUGAUGACCAGAUCAUCAAGGAGUUGGGAUACCGGCAUCGAAACCUGUCAACGCCGGAGAUAGUCUCUCUCGACUGCCAUCGAAGAAGAAGGGACAUAGCUCGGUAGAGAGAGAGAGAGAGAGAGAGAGAGAGAGAGAGAGAGAGAGAGAGAGAGAGAGAGAGAGAGAGGAAGGAAGGAAUGCCCACGGGUUUUUCUUGGAUUGUUUUAAAUUUCCGUUUUCUUCUUUCUUCUUUUCAACUCCAAAGGUACUGUAGUGUAGUAGUUGUAUUAAAAUCGAAAAAAAAAAGAAAAAAAAAAUCAAUCUUGGAACGUGGC